UCAUCCUUCCCUACAGAAUCGACCGUCCGGCUGCUUUCCAGGACGAAGCUUCAGGACACGGGGAGUCAUGGUGCAGAUCCUGAAGGUGGGACAGUCCCCUCAGGAGGAGGACGAGAAGGAGACGGGACGACCGCGGACAAUCGCAAAGCUAAAAGAUCAGGACCUGAGGUGUCGACCAUGCAAAAGAAAGGUAUAUCCAGCAGCAUGAACUUCGAUGAAGAAGGAGACGAGGAAGAUGAAGACAGCUCAAGUUCCUCCCAACUGAACAGCAACACCCGGCCCGGCUCCGCCACCAGCAAAAAGUCCAACAAGGAGAGCGCCGCAGCACCGAGCCCACAGACCAACGAACCGUCCAUCGACGUGGAGGACCUGGAAGAGUUCUCAAUGCGGCCGGCCCCUCAGGGAGUCACCAUUAAGUGCAGGAUCACCCGGGAUAAGAAGGGCAUGGACCGGGGCAUGUACCCCACCUAUUACCUCCACCUGGAGAGGGAAGACGGCAAAAAGGUAUUUCUAUUGGCUGGGAGGAAAAGGAAGAAGAGCAAAACCUCCAAUUACCUCAUCUCCAUCGAUCCGACCGACCUCUCCCGGGGAGGAGAGAGCUUCAUCGGCAAAUUG